CAAUGCAAAUCCAUAAACAAAUUUGCGAUUUCAAGGCAAAAGCAUCGCCGUAGUGCUGUGAAAUUCACAAAUUUCGUUCAUUGUUCUUAAGUUAAUAGUUAAUAUAUUUGUUGUGUUGUAUGGUUUACCGUCGCAGACAGUCUGAACUAUAUUUGUCAUUGACGUUUUCGUCGUGAAUGAGGAAUUAUCCUGUUGUGAUUGAAGGCUAGCCAACAAGUACAAAGAAAACACAAGUAGAGAGAAGAAACUACCUUCACCAAAUAUGCAGGAUAAUCGCCCAGAACUCUACGAAGAGGUUAAACUCUACCGCCAGGCAAGAGAACGUGAAAAGUAUGAUAAUAUGGCGGAUCUGUUUGCCCUUGUGUCCACGCUGCAAAACCUCGAGAAAGCUUACAUCCGGGAUUGCAUUACGCCUCAGGAGUACACCGCUGCCUGCUCGAAGCUGCUGGUCCAAUAUAAGGUAGCAUUCAAGAUCGUGCAAGGCGAUGAGUUUCCUACGAUCGAUUCGUUUGUUAAAAAGUUUCGACUCGACUGUCCAGCUGCACUGGAACGCAUAAGGGAGGAUCGUCCAAUUACCAUCCGGGACGACAAGGGCAACACGAGCAAAUGUAUUGCUGACAUAGUGUCAAUGUUCAUUACGCUAAUGGAUAAGCUGCGGCUCGAGAUCCGCGCGAUGGAUGAUCUGCAACCGGAGCUACGCGAUUUGCUGGACACAAUGAACCGACUUUCACUGAUUCCGGAUAAUUUUGAAGGAAAGGAGAAGGUCUCCAAUUGGCUUGCAACGCUGAACACGAUGCAGGCAUCCGACGAUCUUACGGAGUCCCAAGUCCGUCAGCUUCUCUUUGAUCUAGAAUCGUCCUAUUCGGCAUUUAACAAUUUGCUUCACACAACCUAAUCAUCAGAUCCGGAGAAUCGUUUUUUUAACGUACAUAGGAGCAUAAGUCAUUGAUAAUAAGGGUAACGAACAAAUGCUUCGUAUGAACAAUUAGCGCUUCGUAGGGAUUUGAAUCAGUUUAACCAAAAUCCAGCGGAAUGGCUCUUAGGGAAAGAAAAACGGCAAAAACGAAGUGAACGAGAACGAGCAGAA